CCCGCGCCGCGCCGGGAGAUGCAGCAGCCGGUCACCGCGCAGCCCCACACUCACUGCUAAGGGAGCCCAAGGAAUCAUGGUGAGUAAGGAAGCUGGCAAAUGCUUACUCACACCUUCAGAAAGUGAUGUGGAGCCAGCAGCUUCACUGGCCUUGGAGAUGCGCUAUGCACUGGAUGCCAAUCGGCAGAUCAAGAAGAGGAACAAAGCCCUACAGGUGCGCUUUAAAGACAUCUGCGAGGCUCAGAGCGAACAAAGGGACAGACAGCUCGCUGCUGGGCUACCAACGGACAGAAAGGAAGCCAAGCCCAUCUCCUACAAAGCGGCUGCUUAUCGCAAGUAUAUGACAGUGCCUGCCCGGAGGUCUAUUCCCAACGUGACCAAGAGCACAGGAGUACAGACUUCCCCAGAUCUGAAAAAGUGUUACCAGACAUUCCCUCUGGAUCGCAAAAAAGGAAGCAUCAUUAAAAGCUCCCAGGCGGCCAACACGUUCAAGAGUCAAAACAAUGGAUUUCUAAUAGAUGUCCAGGAUCAGAGCGACGGUCAAAACUCAGGGGAGGCUGCUCAGUGCAGCAAGACAGCUGGUGAACAAAAGGCAGGGGACCUGAUGGCCCAUUCUGAUGAACACAUGAAUGCCGUGGACCGGGCUCCUAGUGACUCCUGCUUAGAUUCCUGUAAAAACCCGGAUCUGUACAGCUGCGUCAAAGGCUCUCGUCUUCAAAACUCCAGCGACCCGGCUUCUGAAGAGUCUGACCACCAGCCAUGUGACAAGGCAAUCCACGACAAAGCGCUGCCAGUGGCUGAGGAUGCCCAUCCAUCAGCGCAAGGCAGAGUGUUUAAGACGGAAGUAGCAACUGUUUAUUCACCUGCACCUGGUCCCCAAGCCACCGAGCCCACCUUGCCCAGCCUGGCAGCGGAGAGCGAAUGGUCACUGUGCCCAGCCAUAGAGGAGGAGAAAAAGAGAACUGGUUAUCUUAACGGGCUCCAUCCCCAGGCAGAAAAUGCUGUGAGCUGCCCCACACAGGCACAGUGCCCAUCAGUUGAAUGGAACGAGCAGGCCCUUCAGAGAAACGUCUCACCGACGGACGAGACUCCGCCUUGCCAGACAGCUGUGGGUGAAGAAUGCCAUGAAAUUGUGCCUCACACAGAAGUAAUAGACUUGAAAGCACAGCUUCAGAUGAUGGAAAACUUGAUCAGCUCCAGCCAGGAAACGAUCAAAGUGCUACUGGGCGUGAUCCAGGAGUUGGAAAAGGGAGAGGCUCACCGGGAAGGGCUUUCCUACAGGACUGGCCAGGACACAGCAAACUGUGCUACGUGCAGGAACAGCGCCUGCAUUAUCUAUAGUGUGGAACUGGAUUUUAAGCAGCAGGAAGAUAAGCUCCAGCCAGUUCUGAGAAAGCUUCAUCCUAUUGAAGAAACUCAGGUCGCACCCUUGCCUUAUUCUCCGGAGACUUAUCCCUCCGCUCCCAAGCAAAAAUCCAAAACUGAAUCCAAAAAGCACGGAAGAUGGAGACUCUGGUUCCUUUAACAAAGCCACUGAAGCUGGAGUCUGAAGGCCGCCAUCUUGAAAACACACUGGAAUGGAGUUCUCCCUUUCUUCAAAGGUUCCCAAUCAACUGGACAGUGCUGUCGUUGAGGCAACAUCCACCCCUCACCACGCUUACCAAAAAGGCCUUUUUACUUAACAGAUAAUAAAAUGGAGGCAAGGGAUUAACUUCAGACCUUGCCCACUUCUGUCUACAGUUCACUGCGGCGUGAUGGGAAAUGGGAAACGCAACGUACGUGGUCAAAGAUGACAGCUAAGUCAAACCCUUCCCCCGUCCCCUAGACCUGCUCCAGAAAUGGUGGGCAGGCUGUCAUUCUGUACACAGCAGAGAAACUCACACUUAGUUUCCAGCCUUUAUUUUUCUGAAAUACUAAUACGAAGAAAAAAGCAAGCCUUACGUUUGCACGGGACUUCAUUUUUACAUUUAAUUUUGCAAACAAGCAGGGGGUGAGUGCAAUUUUCAGCACACAAAAUUCUGGAGAAAGCACAAUUUUUUUCAAGUGGUCGGAGACCAUGAAUACUCUCUAAAAUGUGACUCUGUGUAUAUCUGCCUUCAUGUGCUGUAGAGUUAAGCCAAGUGAUCCCAUCUGUGUGUCUCGUCAACAGCUCCCAUCGAGAAUCUUCUUCAUCUCCAGACCGAAGACAUGUUUACUGCUCAUUUCCCAAUUGGCGAGCAGCCACGAAACCGCCCAAAGUCAGGACACGCCUUUAAUCACUGCAAGUUGACAGGGUCAAAGCUAUGGGACACUGAGCUUUCUCAGAACUCAUUUUUAAUCUUUUUGGUACCCAAAGGCCAAAUAAUCAAUUCUGGCAAGAAGCUAAAACCCACCUAUUUAGAGAUAGACAACGAAGACCACGGUUACUGAGGCAUCAUGGGUGUUCUGUUGCCUCGGCUGAAAAUGUUUUUGUAGGCUCUCUUCAGAUAUACUGUAUGCUGAAGUAAAAGCAGCCAGAGGUUUUAUAUUAUUUGUUAAGCUUUGUAACAACUGUUGAUGACCUGACCAUCUCCAAGAGAAACACAGUGCAUUCUAGCUUAGCAGCCUCAACGGACAAACAUCAUUGCCACUUAAUCUAGUAGGAAGCUGUACUCACUGACAUCCUUAGGAAAAGCUGUGAAUCAAAAGUUUUUAGGUAUUUUUUAAAUAAACAAAGACACUUGGAAUCCUUUCUUGGUUACACAUGACAAUGGAAAUCUUUAUUUUUUCACUCAUUCUUUGCACCUUUACAGCUCUUUUUAUAUCCGCCAAAUCCCCCGGUCAUCACUAACUCUUGUCUGUCAAAGCCUUGCUUGUCAUAAUAGGAGCUAGGGAUCUCAUUUCUCCUUUUUGUGCACUGACAUAAUUGUGAACAGUGUGCUGCUCACACAACCGAUGUGCAUCCUUUCCAGAUGGAGCUAAGCCGGUGCUCCAACGUGAAUGCUUCUGCUUUUACAUGUGCCAAUGUGGUCCCAGUGAUGGGCAGUAUGUUUUUUAGCUGAGGAAAAACCUAGCUGCAGUUCAUUACCAGGUUGGCUGGAGGGUGAAGAACUUAUAUGGGCUCCGCAAUUCAUAGAGUUCUUCAACUAAGUCUUUAUGGGGUUGCAAUCCACAUCAAUGGAGGGAGUGACAAUACAAGUGAUGCCACAGAUACUUAGUACUAUUGGAGCACAGCUAGAAAAAAAAAGUUGGAAGGAAGGGAGAGAGGGAGGAAGGGAGGGAGGGAAGGAGGGAAG